GACUCCCUUAUUUUAUGUGGUCUGGAUUGUGAGAUGUCAGCAUCUUCCUCAUGCUUAGGAACGCAGUAUGGUGAGAGGGAGGGAGGGGUAAGGAACCAAGGGAGGACCAAAUGGUUUUAAGAGAAGAUUUAGGUCUACCAACUGGUGGUUGGAAGAUUGAACACCUUAACAAUUCCAGCACCAACUCCCAAGAUUGAAGGAGAUAGGACGGUCCUUCAGACUUGGCUAAGAAGAGAGGUAAAAGAAGAGAUAGAAAAGAGAGAAACAGAAGCCAUUCUCAUGCCUUUUUGAAGGUGAGGAGGGAGUACUAUUCUCACGUGCAAGUUUAGAAUGUUGGGUCCGAUGAUGAUAAUCUAAUGAGAUUGUGUGUGUGUGUGCGAGUGAGAGAGAGAGAGGGAGGGGAAGAAAUUUUAAAAAAGAAUCAUUACUGCACUUAUUAUAUUAGUCUGGGUGGUGGUAUUGGAGAUGAGUAAUAUUAUAUAGGAGGAGGAGCAAAGGAAGGAAAAGAAAUCGCAAGGGGGCUGGGUGGUGAUUUGAAUCCUUGGGAUCGGUUUGUCUCCGUAUUGGGAGAACUUCCCACCGCGGAUCGGCUGCGAAUUCGUGCUUUCCUGCUCCCCAUAAGGUGCACAGCAGCCCUCCUCCAGCGGCUUCACUCUAAACAAAGUUGGUCGUGAGCGUGGUUCUUUCAUGGCUGAACAGGUGGAACAACUAUGAACAGUUUGCUGCUGAUUACUAUUCCGAUCAUUGUAUCAAGAGGACUCGAGCUUUCUGUAUUCUGAAAAGUAAUACAGUUGGGAGCCUUCCUGACUCCUCAUGACAGGCAGCUAGCCUACUACUGUACCCAAUAUUGUAAUGAUUUAUUCUUCAUCUCCUGCUAUUUCUGAAGAUCUCGAACUGCUUGAAAUCGAGGGAGAGAGAAAUGGCUACUUUCUACACCAGCUCUACCAAUCAAAGAGAUGCCAUGCCAAACCUGUGUCUAAGGGAUCCAGGUCAUACUCCAUAUCCUGAGCCAUCAAUUACUGGCAACAUGCUAUAUCUUAACUAUCCAUCUUCUAGUCCAUAUUCAGAUGCUUUGACAGGCGAUGCUCAAUCACAGCAGAACUCUGUCGAGCUCCCUGUUCCCACUGCUAUGAUUUCACAAGGCUCAUCUGUGGAAGGUGCUCACAUGGUGUCUUCUCAUCUUGGCAAAAAUGCUUAUAAUGCUUGGAGGGAUGGGAGAAUUGAGAUGUCAUUCAUGCAAACAAUUGGUGGGCCAAUAAGUGGUUCAGGAAAUCUUGUUCGCAAUUCUGUUAGUAAUGAAUGCCAGAUGGGUCUGCAGACACAGUUGGGCACCUUAAAUGGACAGAACUUGUCUUUGCAGCAGUCAAAUGUUUCCACCAUGCAAAACCAAGGACUGUCACUGAGCCUUAGCACAGAAAUUCUGGUUCCUUCAUUUCAAUACAGGCCUACUAGCUCAGACAUAUCUCUCUUUGGGCCACACCAGUCAAAUUUAGGUAAUGGUGGCUCAUGUAGAGAUGAUGACUCUGGAAACAAAAAUAUGCAUGCUAACCUCUCUCCUUAUGGAGUUUCUAGUCAUACAAGUUCCGUUCCAAAUUCUAAGUAUCUCAAGGCAGCACAAGAGUUACUUGUUGAAGUUGUUAAUGUCCGGAAGGCUUUGAAGCACAAGGCAGAUAACGGCCAAAGUGUCCAUUCUUCUGCUGGUACCACUGGUUGUAAGGAUACUGAUGGGGCAUCAAAGAGUGAAGGGAUGCCUUCGAACCCUCAAGAGUCCACUGCCAACUCUUCUAGUGAGCUCUCACCCUCUGAAAGACAGGACCUUCAGAACAAGGUCACGAAACUGUUGGCUAUGUUGGAUGAGGUCGAUAGCAGAUACAAACAAUAUUACCAUCAAAUGCAGAUUGUAGUGUCAUCAUUUGACAUCAUUGCAGGUUUUGGAGCUGCUAAACCUUAUACUGCACUUGCCCUUCAGACAAUCUCUCAGCACUUCCGCUGCCUCAGAGAUGCCAUUGGUGGUCAGAUUCGAGCUACACGGAAAAGCCUUGGAGAACAAGACAGUUCAAUUAGCCAGGGAGGUGGAAUUGCUCGCCUCCGUUACAUAGACCAGCAGCUAAGGCAACAGAGGGCCAUGCAGCAGUUUGGUAUGAUGCAACAACAUUCUUGGAGGCCACAGCGGGGGUUACCCGAGUCAUCUGUAUCAAUUCUCCGUGCUUGGCUGUUUGAGCACUUCCUUCAUCCUUACCCAAAGGAUUCUGAGAAGCUGAUGCUUGCAAGACAGACAGGCUUGACAAGGAGUCAGGUUUCAAACUGGUUCAUUAAUGCACGAGUUCGGCUUUGGAAACCGAUGAUUGAGGACAUGUACAAAGAAGAGUUUGGUGGCACUGAGAUUGACUCAAACUCUUCAUCAGAGAAUCCGCCCAAAUGUAAGGAUGAGAUCCGAUCUUCGGAGGACCGGGAGGACUUACAAAACUUCUCAGCAGAAAGAAGCCAGACAAACCAACUUAAUGACUCAAAGUCCAAAGCCAUCCACACCAUGGAUACAGGUCGGGCUUCUGCCAGCUUUCAACAUGAAACAAAUUCUAAUAAUGCUUAUAUGAAUCUUAAACUGAAUGAGCAAAGACCAACUAGCGAUGAUGGUAGCCUUCUGCAAGACACUCUUACCCACUCGGAUGGGAGUGGGAGGUAUAUGGCAUAUCAGAUGGCUGAGGUGGGUCGGUAUGGGAACACUGGGUUCUCACUCACAUUGGGCCUACAACACUGCGAUGGAAGCGUUCCUAUAUCAAACAAUCAGCACCGCUUUCUUACAGUGAGGGGGGAAGAUAUUUAUGGUGCAGCUGCUCCAAUUGGAGCUGAUACGGCUGAUUAUGAGUUCAUGAAUAUGGAGGAUCGGCAGCACAGAUUCGGCUCAUCAAAUCUACAGCAUGAUUUUGUUGCUUGAAGCACCCAUUGUUGCAGUGGUGGCUGUUCACAUUUAUGACGUUGGAAUAAUAUGCAUGAAGCUGCCGUUCGAUACCGCUUGCAAUUGUUAAAGAAGAAAGAACCAUGAAGCUGCCAUUCGAUACCACUUGCAAUUGUUAUAGAACAAAGAACUUUAGGUUGAUAUACGCUGUAAUAUAGGAGUGAGAUAAAGCGAGUUGGUGGAAUAUACAGGGUAGCAUGUUGUAAAGAUAGAAGCAUAAUUUUGUGUAAUGUGUAAUCUGUUAAAGAAGAGAAUAUGUAACACUAUUAUUUGAGUAUCAUCCUUUUGUAUGCUGUUGGAAUGGCUUUAGCCCUAGUGUGAUAAUAAAAUUUCAAGAACCCGUGAUGGUUAUAGGUCC